AUGGCACACUCCGCAGUAUAUCCAGAAAACAUUAUUUUUCUUCAUACCCCAAGCAGAGAUCAUUAUGGAAGAUAUACUCUUACCUUCGCCACCGAAAGCCUCGCGUCACACUCAGAAACAAGCUUAUAUGUUAUUAUCCAUUUCGACAGCAAAACUACAGGUAUCAUUAAGGGUUAUUUCACUGGAAAAAGUUUAACCCACAUCAAAAAUACCGCUGAAAGAGGUCAUAGUCUGUCAAGCUCUGUCAAAAAUACGAGUCAUCUUAACGGAAGAAGCUUAAACUCGCAAAACCUC